CUUGAGUUGUGUGUUCUGCCGGACCAGUUGUCCAUAUGAUGUUCCUAUUUAGUCGAAAAUGAAAAGAAAGAUGUUUUUAAAUUGUUUUAUACUUUUAAUUAUAUGCUUUUCAUCCGUGAGCCUCGAGAAGGCGAUGAAUAAGGAUUUGGCUUCAGCCGGAAACUCGAGCAAGAUUUCGACGUCGAAGGCGUCCAUAAGCUCGACUGCAGAACCAAAGAGGAUUGAAAACGAUGUCGCCCGUUUGCCAGGAAAUGGGACGACAAAAGCUCUGGAUUCGAAGAACAAGACAACGACACCUCAGCCAGUGCACAACACAAGCAUCGCUGCACCGAACGAGCCGGUCCUUCCGGAGAAAGGCUCUGCAGAGGCUGAGCACAACAGCUCCAUGGCUAUAUUCUUCGUCCUCUGCGUACUCGCACUUGGUAUAAUCCUGAUACAUUUCAUGCUCAUGACUAAUUUCAACUACCUGCCUGAAAGCGUCGCAAUUGUCUUUCUCGGCGCUUUGAUCGGCCUCAUCAUACACCUCAUGUCCGAUCAGAACAUCGGUGACUGGAGGAAAGAAGAGGCGUUCUCUCCUACAGCUUUCUUUCUUGUACUCCUUCCUCCGAUUAUAUUUGAGUCUGGGUAUAAUCUCCACAAGGGGAAUUUUUUUCAGAACAUUGGCUCGAUACUUGUAUUCGCGAUCGCUGGGACGACCAUCUCCGCAUUGGUGAUAGGAGGAGGAGUUUACUUUUUAGGUUUAGCCCAGGUAGCGUAUAAACUAAGCUUUAUGGAGAGUUUUGCCUUUGGUUCAUUAGUCUCCGCUGUCGAUCCUGUCGCAACUGUUGCAAUAUUUCAUGCUUUGGAUGUCGAUCCUGUUUUAAACAUGUUGGUCUUCGGUGAGAGCAUUCUCAAUGAUGCAAUCGCAAUCGUCUUAACUACAUCUGUUUUUGAGUCAAACAACACAUCCAUGUCCUCGUCUGAGGCUGUCCUAGCUGGAAUCAACCGUUUCUGCUUAAUGUUCUUCGCCUCAGCUGGGAUCGGAGUCGUCUUUGCUCUGAUGAGUGCUUUGCUCCACAAACAUAUUGAUUUAAGAAAGAACCCUUCUCUCGAAUUUGGUAUGAUGUUGGUUUUCACCUAUGCACCAUACGCCUUGGCAGAAGGGAUCCAUCUUUCUGGUAUCAUGGCAAUUCUCUUCUGCGGGAUUGUCAUGUCACAUUACACACAUUACAACCUAUCGACUGUGACGCAGAUCACGAUGCAGCAGACAAUGCGUACUUUGUCGUUCAUCGCGGAAACUUGCGUCUUUGCCUAUCUCGGGCUUGCAAUUUUCAGCUUCCGUCACCGUGUCGAGCCGGCUCUCGUCAUCUGGAGCCUCAUCCUCUGCCUGCUCGGCCGAGCCUGCAAUAUAUUCCCUCUCGCCAUUCUCGUAAAUAAAUUCCGCGAGCAUAAGAUCACGAAAAAAAUGAUGUUCAUCAUGUGGUUUUCUGGGUUGAGAGGUGCAAUUUCAUACGCUCUCUCUCUUCACUUGGACUUCAGCGAUGAAACAAGACAUGUCAUCAUAACUACAACAUUAAUCAUAGUUCUUGUUACAACAUUGAUUUUUGGAGGAUCAACAAUGCCUCUUAUGAAAUUUUUACAAGGAAAUAGGAAACACAUGUCGAGUACGAGGAGUAGAAGGAAGCGUAAAGAAAAAGCGCUUUCCCUCAGCAAAACAAAAGAAUGGGGACAAGCGAUCGAUUCCGAACAUCUCUCCGAGUACACGGAAGAGGAAAACAUGGAGGUGAACUUCCUUCAAACGAGGAUUCGCGGUUUUGCCAAAUGGGAUUACAAGUAUUUCAUACCGUUUUUCACAAGAAGAUUCACCCAGCAAGAAUUAAAAGAUUGCAAGUCACAGAUGACCGAUUUGACAAACCAGUGGUACCAGGCGAUUAGGAUAUCACCGAAUGAGACUGACGAAGAACAAGAAGGACCAAGCUGACAAGCAGAGAACCCCUUUGAGAGGCCCUAGGUCUGUAAGAGAACACAUAGGGAAUCAUGUAAUGGGCCUUCAGGGAACUUUUGAAAUAAGGUUUAACGUUACCAUUUUAGGUUGUGAAUAGCUGUUAUGGUUAAGUUUGGUUUUGGUGCUUGGGUCCCGGGUGUUUGUAGCAAUGAACUGAACUUAAUAGUUACUACUACUCUAUAGCAAAGUUUUAAAAACAAAAUAUAAACUUAGCAUUCUAAUGUAUAUAGACACAACAGAUUUAAAAUGAUUGUAUUGCAAAGUCUGCAUCAAACAUGAAAAUUUAUACACUACUGCUCUGUGAAAGUGGAAAGGUUUGUAAUUCUUAAAAAAAAAAAAAAAAUUAAACUUCCUAGGCAAAGUCGCCUAUUAGACACCAGGAGAAUAAGACUUCACAACAAUUAUUUGGACAAAAAUAUGUGUGUUUCUUACAUUUAAUGUAAAAACCUGUAUAACAAAUGCCUCUGAAGAAGAUGCUUUCCAAAAAAAAAAAUAUGGAAAGUAUCAAAAAUAAUGCUGAGUUUAAUAAUUACCAAACCUGGGUAAGAAAGUGAUGUCUUCAAAUAUCGACCAAUAAGCUUGCUUUUGUUAUUCAGAAAGCUACUUGAAAAGCUUCUUAUAAUAGAGUACAGUUUUGGAUAUAUUAUCAACACUUUAUGCCAUCUAGAAAAUAUUGGUUGUCCCACAAAGAUUUGCUACUGAGGAGUUAAUUUAUAUUAAAAACAUUUUGAAGAACAAAAGAUGGAAAAAGGAAACCAAACCUUAAUGGAUGUUGCAGGCGUAUUUGACUCGGCUUGCUGGAAUUCAAUUUUGCUUCAGUUGGGUAAAAAUAAUUGUCCUGAAAACUUCUUCAACUUAUCUAAAGAUUAUUUUAGUAACAGAUUUGCAUACGUGUUUAACAAUAGCAAAAAAUUUAUUAGAAUAAUUAAAAAGGAUGCCCUCAAGGGUCAUGAUGUGAGCUAGGGUUUUGGAAUUUAAUGCGCAAUUCCCUCCUGAACAUCAAACUCCCUGAUGACAUGGAAGUAGUAGCUUUUGCAAAAGACCUUGUAUUAAUAAUAUUUGCCAAAACAGAAACUGAACUUGAAAAAUUGGAAAAUGAGGCAAUUAAAAAAAUCGAAGAAUGUUCAUGAAAACCAGAUCCAGUUUAACCCACAAAAAUCUCAACUUAUCCACAUAACUGGAUAGUCUAAGUCAACUCCCAUGAUGUACGCUUAUUGGAGGGAAAAAAUUCCCCGGAAUCAAUUAAAAAUUCUUGGACUUUUGUUUAAUAAAACAAUGUCAUGGUAACACCGCAUAAUUCCACAAUAGACCUGUUUAGGUCGCAGAGGAGGAAGAAUUGUGUUCAAUCAACCCCCUCAAAAAAGAAAAAAAAGAGACUGAUUAACAUGCUGUGUUGUUUGGCAAAAAUAGACUGGGGGUUGAUGAUGAAGCUCUUGAAAUUAUUUACAAAGGCACUAUAAUUCCUAUACAUAUGCAGCCGCCAGUAUGGGCUGUAGCGUUAAUAAAAAAAUUUAAAAAAAUGUAUAUAUAAAAACUGAGAAGUGGUCAGCGAAAAUGGCUCUGCACGUAUUUAAGGAAUAUAGGACGAUAUCAUUUGAAGCUAAAGUAUUUCUGGCUCAAAUAAUUCCAAACGACCUGAAAAUAAAAGAAAUAGAAGGUCUACUCCACACGAUAAAGAAACAGUCAAUGAACUAACAUUCCCAGCAUACGAAAUUGAAAUCCCACUAACAGUUGGAAAAUGGCCACAUCCAUCAGAAACUGUAAAUGUGGAUUAAAACUUCGAGGGAGAUAAUUUUACUCUAUAGGUGUUUACAGAUGACAGUGACAAUUGGUGAAGCAAACGAGGGUUGCGCUUUUGCCAUAUUGAAUAGAGGUUCAGAUAUAAACAGCGAAAUGCACAAACUCGCCCCCUGGUGUAACAGUAAUCAGGCUGAAUUAUUUGCAAUCCUGAAGACAUUACAACGGAUGGAAAUAGAAGUAAAAAAAAGAGAGAUUCUGAAGCCAACGUAAAGAUCCAACUGAGAAUUGAUAGUGACAUUAGCUUCAAGGUAAUAACCAAUCACAAAAUUCACAACAGGGAAGCAGAAAUUAUUAGAAAAAUAUUUUGGAAUUUGGACAAGAACUUAAAUACAAAGAUCCUGAUUGGUCAGGUAUAAGUACAUAAUGGUAUUCGUGGGAACGAGCUAGUAGAUAGCUAUGCAAAAAAAAGCAACCCUUAAUGAAAAUUUGGUACCUUCAUUUACUCAAGUGCAUUAUCAUAUGUAAAAAAAGAGUUAAGAAAGAUGGCAAUG